AGGAUCGAGUAGGUGAACUUUCUCAUGUCGAAGUCCGGGAGCGCCUCCAACGGCUGGAUGAACUCGAGCACGUCGUCCCAUUGACCGUCGAGGAUCAGCUGGCGAAGAAACAGGACAUCGUCGCUGUAUUGGCCGUUUAUCACCCCCGUCUCUCGCUCCAACGAGAGCUGCGAGAUGUGAAGGUCUCGGCUGUGGAGGAACUCCAACGUUAGUCGUACCACAUCCUCCUCGCGCAGCGUCAGGUGCGCCGCCGGCAUCACGUACCGAAUACGCAACCUGGACAAUUCCAAAACAUGGGGAAUUUCACAAACGAAUGACCCAUAAAAAAGCUUCCACGAAUUUGGCAAAUUCGUCCAAGUAAACGCAAAUUUGGCUUGGCAAAAGUGCGUGCCACGCGAAUAUGCAUGUGUGGCAUCAGCAAGUUCGCGCGUUAAUUUACGUGUUCGUAACAGAGCGCAGCGCAGUUUCGAUCGAGCCUUUAAACGAUCAACACCAAGGAGAAUAGUAACAACAACAACAAUAAUAAUGGCGCAGUUGGCGAUGUUCGUAAUAGCUGUUUUCUUAAGCAGCCAAGUUCUGGCCGACAUCAUAGUGCAGCCUGGCUACGAGCAUACGGCGCAACAACGCGUAGUCACGCAACCUCCCGAGACUGUUCGGCAACAGGACAAUCAACAACAACAAGACCGUCAACAAGAGCGAUACGUGGAUCCGGGCUAUCACUUGGAACUUCACCCAGUGUACAGAAAUUCGUAUCACGUUCCUAGCUACGCGGUGUUGCCGAUAUCCCAGACGGGGACGUUCCCGCCGAUGUCGAAAGCUACGUACAAACGAUUACUUUCCUCGUUGGGCGAGAUUACCGAAGUGCCCGCCAUCGUUCCAGCGCAAUAUUACCAAUACUUUCCUCCGGCAGUACACAGUAGACGCAAAAGGUCCAACGGCGAGAAGCUCGAUGGUGCAGGACAGGGGAAUAAACAUGAUGAAAAUGAUGUGGCCGCGAAGCCGUCCCUGACCGAGGACGCGAUGUCGGUGGUCGAUUUGCAAAAUCAAGACGAGAAGCGCGUGAAAGCUCGUCACAGCGUGACUCUGUUGGGAUUGAAACCGUCCAACAUGCGCCCCGUGCACCAACAGUAUCGCACCUACGACAUACCCCAACAAAUGACGGGGAGUCAACAAGCCUUGACCCAAGUGAACCCGCAAGAAACGCCGCAGCAGCAACAGCAACAACAACAACAAGCUGCAGCUACCCCUUCUUCGCAAUCCUCGAAUCCAUCGGAUGCAGAGAACGUUCAACGGUCGAUAUUUUUGCAAGAUCACCUGCAGCCGCAACAAUUUAGGCUCGAGCAGAGAAAGUAUCCCGAGCUGAGACCCCUUUCCGCCGGUCAAUCGUCGCCAAUCGUGGCGAAAUCGGACGACCACCUGGCCGCUCGAACGACCUCCAUGAUACCGUCCGGAGGUAAUAACGAGGAGAUAGUGGGCACAAAAUUGGGUGACAUCUACAAGAUAAAAGUGAUACAGAAUCUGCAUCAACACGGGCGGGGAAGAACGACGGAGAAGGAGGGCGUCAGUGUGAAUUUCGUUAAUCCGGGCAACGAUAAGGGGGGAAUUAAUAAGAAUAUAGCGACGGUGCAAGGUGAGCAGCAACCCGCUGCGGCAUUGAAAACCGAUGCGGAGCAACUCGUGCAAGUUUAUCAACUUUCGGACGAGUUGGGAGCAGCAAACUAUGCGCAAAAUUCUCAAUACAUCCUUCUUCCCCAAACUUAUCCCGUCAACUACGUCGGUAACUACGUCGACAAUUACGCAUCGACCGUGUAUCCGUACGCGCCUCUCUACUCCUCGUACAAAAUUUGCUUCGAAAGUCCCGACAACCUGCAGCCUAUCGCGUAUCAGUUGGUUUAAAGCGUUUGAUUUUGCAAAUCGAAUAAUCAUUGUUUUAGUGUCUAUUAAUGUGGACGAAAAGUUUGUUUCUUACGAUUUUUUAAUUGGUCUUUCGAAGAAAUCGUUUCGUUCUUGAAAAACGAACAAAAACGAACUUUUCGUCGACGGUAAUAGUAGUAUUCUAAUAUAAGAUAGUAUUUUGUAUUUUUCUACGAAUAUCAAUAUCUGUAAAGAUUGAACAAUUGGAUCGAUAUUAUUUAAUAAAAACCUCGUUUGUUACACCGAUAAA